UCACUCUGUCUGGUACGAUAAAACCCCUAUGGGAACAUUUCUCAGCUGUCUUCCCCUUUCAAGACGCAAAUCAGACGCCACUCUACCUUGGAGCUCAUGUUUUGUUUUCUUACUAGUCAUGAUAGUCGCCUGAAGGCGCAUAUGCAUGGCUGCGGCGUAGCAACCCACUUGACUCAGUCCCACUAUAACGUACCCCGUACAUAUGAUGCACCCGCGGAACGAUGCAGAUACAAUAAUUCUCCAUAAGGCUACGGCAGGGCCCGCAUUCAUGUACUAUUUCUUAAGCGCCGGGAUAUCCGCAACACGAGCAAGCUUGGGUACACUGAGGCAUGCCGCGAUCCAUGCAAAACCUCAUGGCAUGAAGAGAUCGGAUCUUGUUUUUCAGCUACUUCUUGAGCAUCGAGUAAUAGUCAAACAUGCUAGGAAGGUAAUAACGCGUGUCGAGAUGUUCAACUCCCUGCUCUGUAGCACCACCUCGUUUGAUUCACAGUAUCUUCACCACAUCCACGUUCACAGGAAAUAGAGCCAUCACUAUAAUCCUAUAAAGGCAUUUAUUCAAUCUAGAACAAUCCCAGUACAUCAAAAUAGCCCUCAUGAUUGAGCAUCCAUUGUCGUU